AUGCUCUUUUUCAUUUUUUUUCUUUAUUCCUUUCUGUCACUGUCAAGGGUGGAGUACGAAUUGACUUUUGACGUUAUUUGUAAAUGUAUUGACUUGCAGUCAUUAUCAAGCCCGGGCAAUAGUCAGUUGGAAAGUAGUAGGAACUCUCCCCUCAGUAACCAGCAGGUCCCCCCACAGAUACCACACCCUCAUCCUGUCAGCACAUUGGAUAACACGAGCACCACAGUCUCAACUAACCUCCAACAAUCCACUAAUCCACCAACAACAGCACAGCUUACACCAAAUGGUACCACAGAUGGUGGCCUUGGUGCGCUGUCAUCUGGAGAUACAGCGACCUUUGGCAGCAGCACUGAUCCGUGGGUGAUGUCUGGAGUGCCAACUCCUACAGCAAUCAAGACAGAACCCAACACCGACACAGGCUCUUCCGAUUCUCCUUAUCCAGCUACAACAGCUUCAGGGGACAAUCUGGAAAAUUUCUCAGCUUUGCUUUUAUGUUUCAUUCUUUUCUCUUUUACCUUUCUUUUUACCUUUCUUUCUUUUUACCUUUCUUUCUUUUUACCUUUCUUUCUUUUUACCUUUCUUUCUUUUUACCUUUCUUUCUUUUUACCUUUCUUUCUUUUUACCUUUCUUUCUUUUUACCUUUCUUUCUUUUUACCUUUCUUUCUUUUUACCUUUCUUUCUUUUUACCUUUCUUUCUUUUUACCUCUCUUUCUUUUUACCUCUCUUUCUUUUUACCUCUCUUUCUUUUUACCUCUCUUUCUUUUUACCUCUCUUUCUUUUUCCCUCUCUUUCUUUUUCACUCUCUUUCUUUUUCACUCUCUUUCUUUUUCACUCUCUUUCUUUUUCACUCUCUUUCUUUUUCACUCUCUUUCUUUUUCUUUUCUUUCUUUUUCUCCUCUUUUUUUUCUCUUUCUUUUUUACUCUUUCUUUUCUCUUUUUUCUUUUCACUCUCUUUCUUUUUCACUCUCUUUCUUUUUCACUCUCUUUCUUUUUCACUCUCUUUCUUUUUCACUCUCUUUCUUUUUCACUCUCUUUCUUUUUCACUCUCUUUCUUUUUCACUCUCUUUCUUUUUCACUCUCUUUUUGUUCUGUUUCCUCUCUUUUUUUUUCACAGAAAAUGCACAUGCCUUUUUAACAUCAGACUGA